AUGGUUUUCUCACGAGGUGAUGUCUCGGGUCACGAAGAUCAGGCCAUAGAUCACCAUGACCCCAGAGCCAAAAUCACCAUCGUGUCCUGGGACGGACCCGACGACCCCGGAAACCCCUACAACUGGUCCUUGCGUCAGAAAUGGACCCUGACGGUCUUGUCUGUGUUCGCGACCUUCAUCACCAUGACGAACGGCACGAUCAUCACCGUAGCCCAUGAAGCCAUCAACGAGCAUUUCGGCAUCUCAGACGCCAGCUUCCCUCACUCGUAUUGGCCUGUGACGUCCUGGGCCAUUGGAGGAGCAUUUUCUUCGAUGCUCGUCAUGCCGCUAAUGGAAGACUUCGGCGUGCGGUGGGUCUUCCUCCUCACCUACGCGAUCUUCCUCUGUUUCGUCGUCCCACAGGCCGUAGCACAGAGUUUCGCCGCGUUGGUCGUGACGAGGUUCUUCGCGGGCGGUUGCGUCGCCAUCCUAGCCAACACGGCGGCUACCGUUAUCGGGAAUGUCUGGGACAGCGAACGGUCUCGCAAUAUGCCCGUGAGCAUCUACAUCCUCACCUACCUGGCGGGCAGUAGUGUCGGGCCGGUGAUUGGGUCGCCGAUCUUUCAGUUUCUGUCGUGGAGGUGGAUCGGCUACAUCCAGCUGAUGUGGCACGGGGUCUGCUUCCCCGUCUUUUUCUUUUUCUUUAAGGAGUGCCGAGGAAUCGCCAUUUUAGCCCAGCGUGCCAGGGUGCUGCGCCGGAACGGCAAGAAGGCCUAUAGCCAGCACGAGAUUGACAGCCAGGAGACCUCGAUGCUGCGGAUCGUGGCACGCAGUGCAACACGGCCUGUAGUUCUGUUCUUCACCGAGUCGGUGGUGUUUGUGUCGACACUGUGGUCUGCCUUUACUGUCGGCACGCUGUAUCUGUUCACCCAGUCCGUGGAGCAGGUCUUUGCAGGGCUGUAUGGCUGGACACCCUCGCAGGCCGGCUACGUCCAGGCGGCCAUUGUGAUCGGCGAAUGCAUCGGCUGGGUCGGGACGUUGUUCUCAGGCAAGUUAUAUUUCAACUCGGCCUCGCGUAACACCGAAGUCCCCGGCACCCCGAUCCCCGAAGCAAGACUCUAUCUCGCGAUUUUGGGCGGCAUGUUCGGCAUCUCCGGCGGCAUGUUCACCUAUGCCUGGACCUCCUACCCGGAUCUUCCCUGGAUUGCCCCGGCAGUUGGGCUAGCCAUGGCUGGCGCCGGGAGUGUGAUUGUCGUGACGGGGAUAUCCGACUAUGUUGUCGACGCAUAUAGCAAAUAUGCCGGCAGUGCGAUCGGGCUGAUUGCCGCGGGCGAAAAUGUGUUCUCGGGGUUCUUGCCUCUGGCGGCCAUGAGCAUGUACUCCCAGUUGGGGUUCCAGUGGGCCAGUACGCUUCUCGCUUUUAUUUCGCUGACACUUUCGUUUGCGCCGAUUUUGGUUCUUGUCUGGGGUCGGGAAAUCCGAGCCCGAAGCCCGUUCAUGAAGGAGGCUAUUAUUGAAAGGAGGAAGAGCAUUGACUCGGUCUGA